AAUGACCUGUUAAGAAAUAGAAAAGAUUUUUUUCUUCUUAACGAGACCAAAUCAGUGGACGUAAACCAAAUAUGCACCAGAUUGAAUUCAUAUCAGGAUAACUAGUCCUGUCAGGAUCCAACUCACUACAGAUCUAAACUCACUAUCUAGGGAUUUCCACAAGACAAACACUUCACACUACAAUCUCUAUAAUGGAGUGCAUUUGCUAACGCGCAGAGUCAAUGUGCCAGGCCUCAUUGUCACCAUUCUGCAACUGAUGAUGCAGAAGUGAAAGCAAAACCUGACUGAUUUCCUCUCACCACUGCUGCUCUGGAAUCUGCUCACUGCACAGAAAAAUCCCAGAUAAAGGAGAGCAAGCUGUGGUUCUAGAGGCACCAACGGGCGUCUCGGUAGCUCUAUUAGCAGCUAACGUGCUAACGCUAACUAGCUUCUCUGAGCAGCGAUGUUUUAAGGCGCUUUGUAGUUAAAAGUUUGUAUCGUUUACUUUUGUCACUCGAGUCAAUUAUUUGUUUAAAAUAAAUUCAUGCAGCAAAAUAUACAUUUAUAUAAGUACGAAAAAGAAAUUCCGCUAUAUUAAACUUGAUUUUUCCCAAAACGGUUACGAUUUGUCUCGGGUUCGAGAGGCGGCCGCUCCACGUGCUACUAGAGCUAAAACGCCCGUCCGAUCUACAUUUCGAGCGCAAUCUUCUAAUGAUCGUUUCUCAAGUCACAAAUAAUUUUAAAUUCACCUCUCUGAACAAAUACAGUCACUAUAACUGUCCGAAAACUCCAGAAAACCACAUUAGUAUAUAGCUCUAAGCUAACGCGAGUUAGCAUCAAAAGUUCCUGUCGGUAAACACAUUGGGAAAUUCCCAACGAAUGCUCGUGAAAACCGAUGCCUUAGUAAUUAAAAUCGGACUAAUACGUCUUUUUGCCCCUUUAUUUAUUUUUUACUUACUCGUUGCUUUCAACCAUCAACUGAAUAACGUAAGAGCAGAAAAGGAUCGAGGGCCGGCACGGCGACAGUAUUUAAAGAAGUAGUUACGACAGUUAAAGACACUUUUCGGUAACUACGUCACAUCAAUUCAGUUUUUUUUUCAUGUUUGAUGUUUACAGAUUACAUAAUUCAUUUUCUUGUAGAGAAUUAGUAGCCUAGUGAACUAGACCAAAUUCUCGCUUUGCAAAGAAAUACAUUUAUUUAGUCUGGCUUGCCAGGCUAGAGAAUUAGCAUUUGGUAAAAGAAUAGAAUAUGAUUGAGUUUAAAAACAAAAAUGGCCAGUAUUUUUAUUGCACCUUCUUACAACCACCCAAGACGCUUCACAACCAUCGUUCAUAACACAAUCAAUCAUUCACCCAUUCACAAAAAGAAAAAAAGCAGAAUAAAACACUGAAACAAAACACUUGUCAUGUAAAAGCGGUCUCACUCUCACAUCCAUAUAGUGUUGCAGCAUGGUAGCAUUCAUCGACAUAUAAAUAUGCAUGGCAUUUAGCAGCUAGUGGGGUAAAGCUGUUUGUUGUGCAUUGUUUUGUACCUUCUGACUGGAAGCAGGUCAAACAACAACACGCCCAGGGCUGUGAGAGGGUGCUCGCUGCGGAACCACAAAGGUGGAGCUGCACCAGAGGGUGGAGCUGCCGAGUGACUCCCUCCGGCUUAAUGGCUGUAAGUAAACUAACGUAAUAUAAACACAAUUAAAGUUAUUUUUUUAAACGUUUAAUUUGCAAUGUGCGGUAAAUUUGGCUCAAAUUGUACUCCGUACUUAUGCUAACGUAGCUAGCAGGGUAGACUUCAAGGUUAUCGAAAACGAACGUCAAACGAAGCGUUAACUGUAACGCGCGUACACAAAACUAACUGUAUUUAUUAAGAAAAUGGGCUUAGUUUUUGUUUCAUAAAGUCUAAGAAUUAUGUCUAUGUCGCUCGCUGCCUACGGCGCGUUGUCACCAGAAACGCAUCAUCUGUUGUGGCUUUUUGGUUAGCAGCACAAAUCGCUUUGAUUAAAAACAACAGAACGGAAAAGUUUGAUAAAAGUCCAUCGACUCACUCCCUUUCAAGGCAAAUAAAAGACGUUUUGGCUUUUGGAACGACGAUUAAACACGCAGCAGUCUUCAGAAAGAACUUCAUAACCGAUGCAUCAAACAAUACUGAGGAGAGGGCAGGAUCCUCUUCAGUCUAUCGAGCGAUGCGGCGGCUGUUGCAGCAACAUUCACUGCACUUUCUGUAAAAUGGCUUAUGCUGAUUUUUACAAGGUUAAAUACCAUGUAGAGAAUCAUGUGAGCAUUGCUGUAAAGCAUGAAGAUUACGUCAUCUUAAAAUGCAGCCUGGGCUGCAGGGAGACGGCACAUUAUCAUUGCUGUUACUGUCCGUCAACGAUUCUGCGGAGGAUGGCAUUUGUGAAACAUCUUGCCAUAUGUAAGGAGAAAUUAUCACGUCCUCCUCCUCCGGCACAGACAGCACCUCCUCCACCCCCACAGACAGGACCUCCUCCACCCCCACAGACAGGACCUCCUCCUCCACCGUCACAGACAGGACCUCCUCCUCCGGCACAGACAGCACCUCCUCCACCCCCACAGACAGGACCUCCUCCUCCACCGUCACAGACAGCACCUCCUCCACCCCCACAGACAGGACCUCCUCCUCCACCGUCACAGACAGCACCUCCUCCUCCAGCACAGACAGGACCUCCUCCUCCACCACAGACAGGACCGUCGUCGUCCUCAUCAUCCUCACGGCGAUUAAAGGUCCGCCAGCAGGUGAAAGUGACGUGCGGCCAUUGCAGCAUCACGCUAAAUAAAAAGAACUUGCAGGUGCACAUUAACAGGAAGCACAGGCCAAAGGGACAGCAGAUAUCAGAGACACGGCACCGGUCGUGUCAGUGCGUUGAUGCUACAAAUGGCAUCUUUGUAGUCAACAAAUCGUUCUUCAAACCAUGCCCACCAAUACAUGUAGGGGAAAAAACCUGGUGUAUAAGCCAAAAACAAAUGAGUGAACUGGAUGAUUGCAACACUAAUUUGGACUUUGCAGUGAGGAGUGGACCUCUGCCAUACGAAUGCAUCCACUUAAAGUCAUUGGCAUUUUCUCGCAGAUCAGACACCCCCCCCCGCACAAUUCUGGAAGAAUCAGAAUCGGAAUCAGAAGUUUUUUAUUGCCAUAUGUGUGCCGAGUCACAACAUUAGGAAAUUGCUGCGGUAUUUUGGUGCAGAAGGUAAGAUAGAAAAAAAAACUUAAUUAAGAGAUAAGCAAAUAUAAGAAUUAAUAAAACACUCAUGAUAAAAUUAUUAAUGUAAAAAGUGGCAAGAAUUAGAGAAGCAGCUAUCUACUCCGUGUAGGUAUUAAUCUGAGUAUUUGUUGAAUGGUUCAAGCACAGCAUCGGGUCACGUGACUGGGACCAGUCAACUUGAGUGGGCUGCCCUAGGAUGUUCAUUCACAAGUCCAACUGCAGAGGGGAAGAAACUGUUUUUGUGGCGAGAGGUUCUGGUCCGAAUGGAUCUGAGCCUCCUGCCAGAUGGGAGCGAGUCGAAGAGACUGUGUCCAGGGUGAGACGAGUCAGCUCUUAUCCGACCUGCACGCCUCAAUGUCCUCGAGGUGUACAGAUCUUGAGUGGAGGGGAGUUUGCAGCCAAUGACCUUCUCUGCAGAGCGCACGACACGCUGCAGCCUCUUCUUGUCCCUGGUGGUAGCUCCAGCGUACCACACGGUGAUGGAGGAGGUGAGGAUGGACUCGAUGAUAGCGGUGUAGAACUGCCUCAUCGACUGUGGUGAUAGGUUGAAUUUCUUCAGCUGCUUCAGGAAGUACAUCCUCUGCUGGGCCUUUUUUCUGAUGGUGGUGAUGGUGGGCUCCCAUUUGAGGUCCUGGGUGAUGGCGGUGCCCAGGAAGCGACAUGAGUCCACCAUCGUGAUGGGAGUGUCAGACAGGUUUAAGGGGGGGAUGGGGUGUGUGCUUUUCCUAAAGUCCACAACAACCUCCGCUGUCUUCUGGGUGUUUAGCACCAGGUUGUUGUGGCUGCACCAGGACACCAGCCGCUCAGCCUCCAUUCUGUAAGCGGACUCAUCCCCAUCAGAGAUGAGUCCGAUGAUGGUGGUGUCGUCAGCAAACUUAAUUAGUUUGACAGACUCGUGCUUGGAGGUGCAGCUGUUGGUGUACAGGGAGAAGAGCAGAGGCCCUGUGGUGAGCCGGUGCUGAUGGUCCGUUGGUCCGAGACGUUCUUCCCCAGCCUGACUUGUUGUUUCCUGUCUGUCAGGAAGUCAGUGAUCCACCUGCAGAUGGGGUCAGGCACGUUCAUCUGGGACCCAUCUGUACCGGGUCGGCCCAGGCCGGGUAGCCCCAGUCGGCCCCAGCCUGGCCCGGUUGAUUCCACACAUCCUUGCCUUAAGCCCAUGUGGGCUGAUUCUACCCACCAAUCAGAGGCUUGCUCUAAUGGAAGGUGUGAAUUUGCUGUCAGCAGUGGGUGUGUUGGCCCUGGUCGGCCUGAAGCAGACCCCCUCGAGAAGAGGGCUGAGAAUGAGCCUUGGUUGGCCCGGAAAAAUACCAGGCCACCCAGAUAUGUAAACAACCUACGCUACCCGGCCCGGGCCGACCCGGUACAGAUGGGAAUGGGGCCUUGGUUUCUUGGGAACAGGGACUAUGGUGGAGAUCUUGAAGCGGGCAGGCACAUGAGAUUCCUCCAGUGAGGAGUUGAAGAUGCUCGUGAAAACUGGGGCCAGCUCUUCAGCACGGUGCUUUAGAGCGGCAGGAGCCACGCCAUCAGGGCCCGGGGCUUUUCGCGUGUUAAGAGACCUGAACUGCUUCUUUACAUCUGCUUCAUGAAUGUGUAGGUUUGUGGUGGGGGUGUGUGGCGUGAAGUCCUCAUGAGUGGGAGUGAGGGGGAGGGUGAUGGCUCUGUAGUGGGGAGUGGCUGAACAGUGUCUCUAUUGUUGGGGCUGGACGAGGAGUGAGGCCUGCCUGAUGGCUCGUCAAACCGACAAUAGAAAUAGUUUAGGUUGUUUGCCAAGAGCAGAUUAUCCGUGGAGGCGGGGCUUCUGGGUUUGUAGUUGGUGAUGUUCCUGAAACUUUUCCACACAGAGGUUGGGUCGUUUUCAGAGAUUUGCUGCUGCAUUUUGUCAUGAUGCUGGUGUUUGGCUUCGACCAAUUCUUUGCUGAACCUGUAUUCAGUGUCUCUGUGGGAGUCCUUGUCCCCCUUUUAAAUGCAUCUCUCUUUUCUAGCCACAGCUGUUUGAGUUUAGGGGUAAACCAGGCUUUGUCAUUGUUAUAACUCACCCUGCUGUGUGAUGGUACGAUGCUGUCCUGACAGAAGUGGAUGUAGGAGGUGACGGCAUCUGUGAACUCAUCUAAACUGUCUGAGGUGGCCUUCAUUACCUCCCAGUCUGUGGUCUCAAAGCAUGCACGAAGCUCAUCUGCGGCAUCUGUGUUCCACUGUCUUGUUGACUUCACAACAGGCUUGGAGAGUUUUAGCCUUUGUAAGCUGGGAUCAGAUGGAUGGUCACGUGGUCUGAGAGUCCAAGCGCAGCGCGCGCCACUGCAUGAUAUAUAUAGGCUGCUGCGACUCGACCCCGGAUAACGACUGAAAAGAGACUGUCCCCUCUCUGGUUGGACAUUUGGUAUACUGUUUGUAUUUGGGAAGCUCCUGGCUCAGAUUAGCUUUGUUAAAGUCUCCAAGUACAAUGAUGAGGGAGUCCGGGUACGUCCGCUCCAUGCACAGUAUCUCUUCCGCGAGCGCACGCUGAGCCUCGUGCACGUCCGCGUCAGGUGGGAUGUAAACAGCGCCUAGAAUGAACGAGGCGAAUUCCCGCGGAGAGUAAAAUGGUUUACAGUUUGUGACAAGAUAUUCCAGAGAUGGAGAGCAAUGCUGCGCGAUCACUGUGACAUCUGUGCACCAACUCUUAUUGAUGUAAAAACGCACACCUCCACCUGCGGUCUUGCCGGAGAGAGUCGCUUCCCGAUCUGCGCGGAUGAGGUGAAACCCAUCCAGCUGGAGCGCACAGAUGAGGAGAAGUCUCUGUUUAUGUUCCUCAUCAGGGUCAGCUCGUCCAUUUUGUUGCGGAGUGAGCGCACAUUAGAGAGGAAGGUCCCAGGUAGAGCCGUGCGCAGUCCCCGUCUCCUCAGACGCACGAGCGCGCCCGCUCGUUUACCUCUCCUCCUGCGUCUCACUUUCCUGAUCAAAGUUGAUAUUGAAUCGGCCCCGGAUGCAACAAAAAACCAGGUUAAGUCCACCGGAAUCAUAGUGUUGUAACUUAUGAGUUCUUCUCUUGAGUAGGAGAACCCAGAUACGCAAUUUACACACAAAAACAGAACAAUAACAGCGCACCAAAGUACCAAGGCAGCCGUCUGCGGCGCCAUCUUUGAAAAAGCAGAGAAGAAGAGGUGCUGUCGGACAUGGCGAAUGUUUGGGGAUGGGAGAAAACAGCUGCUUGAGCCUCCAGAGCGCAUCUGCUGCUGCAGGAGUGCCUCUCUCAGUUGAUGUCGCAGUUGGAGGGCCGUCCUCAACAAAGUUCAUAUCAGUUUCUGAGCCCAAAGUGUCGUGCUGCAGCAGACUGGGAAGGGUGAUGGCGGCCUUCGACAUGAAAGAGGUCAUGGCAUUGCCCAUGUGCCAAACCCAGACAGUUGUGCUUGCACAAAAGUGUGGCUAAAUGUUCAGGACCAAAGAGGGUGCCGCUGACGGUGGUGAUGCUGCUGAGACAAAGGAGGAACUGCAGGAUGAGGCAGUACCAGUCGGAGGACAACAGUGAUCUCAUGAGAAUGGUAAGAUACAUCAUGAAAAACAGCUCUACCGGAAAAUCUCCCCCAGGAUUUGGUCACUGGCUCCCAAACAUUAGAGGACAUUUCAAAGGAAUUGAUUCCCAAAGAAGCCGUAUGUGCGGAGUGUGGAGGCCAGCUGCAGCGGGGAGGGGAUGACUGUGGGGCAGACACGAUGAUGGUCAGUGGUCUUACAGUUUAAAUGCCAUUUGUGGAUGUACCGUUGGAGUUUGAAUGCCCUCUAUGAGACCCUGGACAUGCCUUUUGAUUUAGCUCCAGUGAGUUUUUAUCGUUAUUUUAAAAAAUGCACUGCGAGACCAAUUUAAAUUUAAAUAAAGAACUUUUCAAUUUGUA